AUGAAAUCACUGGCCCGUGGUUAUGUGUGGUGGCCUGUCCUAGAUGCUGAAGUGGAAGACAUGGUCAAGAAAUGUGACACUUGUCAGUCUUUGAGAAACCUUCCACCAGAAACACCACUGCAUCCUUGGGUACGUACAAGUCGACCCAUGGAGCGUGUCCACAUGGACUUUGCGGACUACAAGAAUCAAUCAUUCUUGAUCAUCAUCGACAGCUACAGUAAAUGGCUGAAAGAGGUUCCAAUGAAAAGUACAACCACUCAAAGCACUAUUGAAAAGCUGAGAUUUGUUUUUGCAAGCACAGGUCUUCCCGAAGUUGAUAUUGUCUCCGACAAUGGUCCUCAGUUCAAAGCUGCCGAAUUCCGGGAGUUCUGUUCAUUGAAUGGUAUUUAUCACAAGUUCAUCCCUCCUUACCAUCCGUCAUCUAAUGGGCAAGCAGAGAGGACAGUUCAAAUUGUCAAACAUGCAUUAAGAGCAAGGUUGAAAAACAAUGAUAAACGUGUGCAUUCAGUCAGUGUCAACCAUCUGCUUGCAGACUUCUUGCUGAAUUACAGAAUCACACCUCAUACAACAACGGGUGUUGAAUCAUGCGUGUUGUUCCAAGGCAGACAGCUGAGAUCACAAUUGAGUCUGACAAAACCAGACAAAGACGGAGUCGUGAAGAAGAAGCAAACGGGGAUGAAAGACCAACAUGAUCAUCCAGUUAAGAUGCGAGAAUUCGUCAAUGAAGAUUUGGUUGCUGUUAAAACCAACACAACUGUCGGAAAGUGGCAUUGGAUUCCGGGCGUUAUCCAUAACGUGCUGGGAAAAGUGACAUAUCUGGUGAAAUUAAGUUCCAAGAUUCGAUAUUGCCAUGCAGACCAUUUGAGUCCGCGUCAUUUAUCAAUGGAAAUGUCAUCAGAUUCUUACAGACCGUUCUUUGAGUCUGAUGUUGGUCCAGUACUUGGAAACCAAGUAACAUCCAACACACCAGUUCCAAGGAACACCUGUCCAGCAGUGGAGUCUGCUACACCAUUGGAAGUUCCCACCGAAACCAAUCCGAUUGUGGAAGCAACUUCACCGGCUCAGAAGUCACCAAACCAACCGGUGGUUCCAACUUCGCCUCGAACAUUUAAACAUCCGCAGGAAAGGCGCUAUCCACAACGUGUUCGAAGACCACCCAAGAAACUUGAUUUGUAA